AUGAUCGCCAGGACCGGCCACUUAUCAAGGCUGGCAAUGCCGCCUGCUGGCUCCGACAAUUUUCAACGGUGGUCUUGGCGAUAUCUGUGGCAUCAACGAAUAACCCGACGCUGGAUCAAGAUGCUUUCACUACUCACCCUAGUAGGGUUUUUCUCUGCCGGCCUCGGUCUGAGCAUCUCGCAGAGAGACCAAAACUUCGCUACUGGUCGCAAGCUGCAAGAUAUUGGAAACGACCAAGAAACCAGUCAUUUCCCACCCACCCGUCAGACACAUCAAAAUACCCACGAUCCGACUAUUCUCCGUGUGGGUGACGAGUAUUAUCUUUACAAUGUCGGCGAGCACAUGCUCAUUCAUACUGCCCCCAGUAUGGCUGGCCCAUGGAAGUUUGUCGGCAAUGUUCUGGACGCCAACAGCGUGAUACCCAAGGGCGAUCGUUUAGCACCCUGGGCGCCGACAGUUAUAGCCGUGGAUGGCACCUAUUAUUGCUAUUACAGUGUCAGCAAAGCUGGAUGUCGCGACAGUGCUGUCGGUGUGGCCACAUCCGACUCCCCAGGUCCUGGGAACUGGUUCGACCACGGCGCCAUCAUUGAGACGGGUACUGGCGAAGGAUCGGAUAUCCAUCCUUACACCGUCUCGAAUGCUAUCGACCCUAGCACAUUAGUAACGGCGGAUGGCGAAGCUUAUUUGACGUGGGGAAGUUACUGGAAUGGUAUCUUCCAAAUCCCCCUUGGAGAGGAUCUGAUCUCCCCUGCCAGCACUACGGAGCCCGAUGCCCGCCAACUGGCGUGGGAGCCGAAAUCUCUCGGAAUGCCGAACCGCAUGGCCAACACCAUUUGCGGUGACCCGACCGGCCCCCAUGCUAUUGAGGGUGCUUUCAUCUCGUACAACGACGGAUGGUAUUAUCUCUGGUACAGCCACGGUUUCUGCUGCGGUCUGAAGCCGGAUAACUUGCCGCCCGCUGGACAAGAGUAUUCUAUCCGUGUCGGGCGCUCACACAGCCCUCGUGGUCCGUUCACCGACAAGUCUGGUACAGACCUAGUCAAGGGCGGUGGUGAAAUUGUCUACGGCUCGAAUGGAGAUACCUAUGCCCCAGGUGGGCAAGGUGUUCUUCGGGAUGGUGACACUGACGUUCUCUACUACCACUAUUGUGAGUCGAUGCCAACUACAAUUCUUGACCAUACCCAUGUUGACCCCAUCGCAGUGAACAAGACAAUUGGAAUUGACUUCCCGGUAAGCUUUCACUUGUUUGACAGGCUUGUGUGCCGCGAUUUUCGCAGUUUCCUCACCCCUGAUGCUCUCCUUGGAUUUAACCCCCUGAAAUAUGUCGACGGAUGGCCUGUCGCCCAAGCCUAA